AUGAUGUUUGGGUUGCUGGUUCUCAUAACCCUGAGCCUCCUGAAGGUCCCUGUCAGUGAUGGGCAGGGCUGCCUGAGCAAGCGAUCAGUGCUGGCCACUAUCCGCCAGAUGCAGAAACUGCUGUCCACCCAGGAAGCUGCCCAGCUCCAGGGCCUGCGUAGCCUCAGGAAGCAGCUCACCAUGCUCCAGGGGAACGUCCACAAACAGGCCACACGGAGGAACGAGACAUGCCCCCACCUGGCUAUGCCAAUACACGGCAGGAAGCUAGGGAAGAAAGUGGGCAUAGGACAUGAGGUGCAUUUCUUGUGUGAUGCCGGCUUCCAGCUGGUGGGCUCCGAGACUCGGUUGUGUCAGGAGAACCGAACAUGGAGCGGACAGCAGCCUUUUUGCAAGAGUAUUGAUGACUGUGCCAGCCAGCCCUGCACCAAUGGGGGCACCUGUGUGGAUGAUGUGCAGCGAUACGUCUGCCUCUGUCCAAGUGGCUGGACCGGAAGCAACUGCCAGACCCCAGCCACCUCCUACUGGGUGUCUCUGAGCAAUUCGUCCUUCAGCCGCCAGCCCCGCUGUGCCGAGAAUGGGCAGGGUGCCCGUCAGUGCAGCUGUGACAUCGGCUUCCAGAUGCGUGCUGGAGGCUUAUGUCAAGAUGUCGAUGAGUGCCAGAUGUUCCAGUUGAACCACCAGAACAGAAUCUGUGUCCACAGCUGUGUCAACCUACCUGGGUCCUACCGUUGUAUCUGCCCCCAGGGCUACCUGCUCAACCCUGACCAAAACACAUGUGAAGAUGUGGAUGAGUGUGCAGACCAGCAGCACAACUGUAGCCGGGGCGAGCUGUGCAUCAAUGUCUUUGGGGGCUUCCAGUGCGUGCGACCAGAAUGCCCCCGGCCCCGGCACAACACCAGCUACGUGAAGACAUCAGCCUUCCAGUGCGAGCGGAACCCGUGCCCGGUGGACAGCCAGGCCUGCCGCCAGGCGGCCAACUCCAUCUCCUUCCACUACCUGCCGCUGCCGUCCAACCGCACGGUGCCCCGCGUGCUCUUCAGGAUGUCCACCACGCGCUUCCUCGGAGACAGCCUGCGCUUCGCCAUCACGGGCGGCCGGGGCCUCGGGGCCUUCGCCGUGCAGCGCUCAGACCGGCACACGGGCGAGCUGGUGCUGACCAGCCCCGUGCCGGGCCCCGCCACGCUGGAGGUGCAGCUGGAGAUGAGCGAGCUCUCCAAGAAGGUUCUGCUGGGCAAGCACGUCUUCAGGAUCACCGCUUUCAUCUCCCCCUACGAGUUCUAG